GCUCUUUUCAAUUUGGUAUAUUGUAAAAAUUAACAUUAAAACUAUUUUUUAUAAAUGAGAUAUUUAGUAAAAUAGUUUGUAGAAUAAUUUGACUUAUUUGGCCAUUUGGCAAAAGUAUUUUAUUUACCACUUUCAUUUUAUUAUAGUAAUAUUUUUUCACAUUAUGUAUUUUAUAUCAUUUUUCACUUUUAGUCUAGAUUUUAACCAAACACUAGAGGCAGGCACGAGUCUGAAUUCUCAUUGCUUGCUUCUCUCGGCCAGCACGUGCCAGAUGGCAUCUCCCUUUUCGUUCCUCUAACAUUAAAUAAAUAAUUUAAUCAUCUCCAAGUACAAAAUACAUCUUGGAACAAUAAAAUUAUUAAUAAUUUCACUGUUUACUCUGCAACAAGCAAUCAUUAAUUAAUUAUCUAAAUUAAUACAACUAAUUAUUUUACAUUUUAAUAUGAAAAUAAAUAAAAAAAAGUCGUAUAUUGGGAAGAGCGAAUGUGGGUUGGGUAGCUUCAUUAUGCGCUGCGUUUUGGUACCAUUUCAACGAUCACCGGUAAUUAUUCUCCGGCUUAAAUGGGUUCCGACGAUUCCAACCCGGAUACGCUCCGAUUCCUCGUUAAUCGAUGCGCUCAGUUGGAAGCGGGUCAAGCCACUCUCAAAGCUCAACUCCACGACCUUGGUGGUAGUGAUGUGACGUCAUCUUCCGGUAAGAUGACGUUUCCUGGAAACUUCAAGAGUAGUGGCCCUUACAGUCAAGUGCUUCAAUCGAUCAAUGUUUCUGUUUACGUGACUCGAUUUUCUUCUGGCGAGAUCAUUUACUGGAACCGUGCUGCUGAGAAGCUUUAUGGAUGGAAGGACUAUGAGGUGAUCGGGCGAUGUUAUCAGGAUCUUCUUAUGGACGAGGAAUAUGUGCCAUAUAUCAACAAAAUCAGGGAAAAGUUGCUCUAUGGCCAAUCGUGGUCAGGUCAAUUCCCUUUUAAGAAGAGAUCCGGUGAGAUUUUUAUGGCGCUUGUAACCAAGACCCCGUUAUAUGAGGAUGGGGAGCUUGUUGGUGUUGUCACUGUUUCCAGCGAUGCAGUGGUCUAUAAUAGUAUAUAUUCGGAACAACGCAAGGUACCACGGGAUAACACGAGAAGGGUUCAUUGGCAACAAAGGCCACAGGUUGCAUCGGUGCCACAGAUGGCUUCUUCUAUUAUGGAUCUGGCUUCAAAGGUAAUGGGAAAAAUCCGCAAAGAUGACAAUUUCACGGAUGGAGAGGGAUUUACAUCUGUCACAUAUGAUGUGACUCAAGAUAGGCAGGAAACUGAUAUUAAGAAUUGCGGCGAAAGGAAAAGCUCAGAGGAAUCAGUGAUUUCCCAACCUGUAAAAGCGGCAGCAAAACUAUUGGCAAAAUUCCGGAAGAUGAGUGCUGGAACCAAUGCUGAAACAUGUGAUUGCAGAGCUGUACAAAACGGACUAGGGAAAAAAACAAGUAAUGAGAUAUGUUCUACCAGAGGCUCAAAAGAUAAAAAUUCAGAAAAUUGUACUUGUGAUAUCAGACAUUUCCCUUUUCCUUGUAAAACUGCACAUGUAAACGAAAAUAAGAAGUCAUAUGAUUUAGAAAAGGCUCCUUCUCUUGAAGUUUACCAUGAAUGUUCUAAAGAGCCUAGAAAUCCCACUUCCUUGCAAGAUGUAGAGCCUGCAGAAACAGAAGAUGCAGCCGAACGACAAGCAGGAGCUAAAAGUUUGCCGAGCUCAGGGGACAACUUCGCUGGAAGUUCUGGUAGCUCCUCAAGCAAAGGUGAUGGUGAGUCAAGUUCAAUGGUUGAUUCCGAUAUUCGGUGGGAGGACCUACAGUUGGGUGAGGAAAUUGGUCAAGGUUCUUAUGCUGUGGUAUAUCAUGGACUUUGGAAUGGAUCGGAUGUUGCUAUCAAAGUUUACUAUGGUAAAGAUUACAGCGAGGGAACUUUACUGGACUACAAAAAAGAGAUUUGCAUAAUGAGAAAAUUGAGGCAUCCAAAUGUUUUGCUGUUCAUGGGAGCUUGCUAUUCGCAGGAACGGCUUGCUAUUGUUACCGAGUUUCUUCCGAGGGGAAGUCUCUUCAAGAUACUUCACAGAAGCAAUCAGGUGUUGGAUUUAAAACGGCGGUUGAGGAUGGCCCUUGAUGUUGCUAGGGGCAUGAACUAUUUGCAUCGUAGAAACCCUCCUAUAGUUCAUCGGGACUUGAAAUCUUCAAACUUGCUGGUUGACAAGAACUGGAAUGUGAAGGUGGGUGACUUUGGGUUAUCAAAAUUGAAGAAUGCAACCUUCUUGACGGCAAAAUCUGGAGGUGGAACUCCUCAAUGGAUGGCCCCAGAAGUCUUGCGGAAUGACCCCUCCAAUGAAAAGUCAGAUGUGUUCAGUUUUGGUGUCAUCUUAUGGGAACUGGUAACGGUGAAAAUCCCUUGGGAUAAUCUAAAUGCUUUGCAGGUUGUUGGAGUAGUAGGAUUCAUGGAUAGAAGGUUAGACCUACCGGAAGGCCUUGAUCCACGCAUUUCAUCAAUUAUUCAAGAAUGCUGGCAAAGCAAGCCAGAGCAGCGCCCUUCAUUUGAAGACAUUAUUCAGAGAAUGACCGGAAUACUUCAAAGUAACACUACAUCAGCAACCCCUCCUGUUCGAAAAAGCUUAUCCUUACCAUCAUAGGAAUACACAAUGUGUGUUUACGAGCAUAUUACAUAAAGAGCUGCACGAAAAGAGUUUACCGAUCUGUCUGCCUAAUGUGUGCACCUGAAAGUUGGUUCAUUAUGCGGUAAUUGUGGUUCCUAUAAUCACUUUACUGCUGUUUGCUGUGUGCCGUGUGCGCGAGUUGUCGAAAGUUUAUAAACGUUUCUGGCAAUUGAAUGUUUCAUUCACGUAUAUAAUGGAUAGUAUUAGAUUCGGCUGUAUCAGCGCAAAUAUUUAACAGUCUAGAGGGAUUUAUUAUUUUUUGGGGCUAUGGAAUUAUUUCUUAUUAUAGAGAAUAAUUAGCUGUUUAAUGGCUGAAAUAUCGCCUACAGCUUUAUGAGCAUUUUGUGCAAGCAUUUGCUUUGUUUUGGUGUCAUUUAGUGGUAACAAAAAUAUUGAAUGGGUUGAAAUUACUUUAUGUUCCUCCGUUUUGAUGAAUCUGCUCUAAUUUUUAUUUUAGUUUG